AUGGCUUCGCAACGCACUCUCAAGAUUGCACUCUCCCUCGCUGUCGUUGUGGCUCUGCUGACCUCGCCGUUCACCCAGGUCGCAAAUCUGACCUACAACUGGAUGAGAUCUUUCUGGCAACGGCCCUCCGCCCUCACAAUGUCUGUCAAGCUUGAAAACACUUCCAUUGCCGAGGUUCUCGCUGGGCUCGAACACGGACAAUUUACGGCUGUCGAGCUGGUGACGACAUAUAUCAAACGAAUCGAACAACUGAACCCACGGGUCCAUGCGGUAUCCCAACUCAACCCCGAUGCUCUCGCUAUAGCACGCGACAGAGAUUCCGAACGAAAAGCAGGAGUCCCUCUUGGCAUCCUUCAUGGAGUACCAGUGCUUGUUAAGGACGUGGUUCUCACCAAAGACGGGUUGAAGUCGACAAAUGGCUGCUCCGGGUUGGUUGAUGCCAUACCCGCCUAUGAAGCGACCGUUAUCCGGCGCCUUCGUGAUCAAGGUGCCAUCCUCUUGGGGAAAACUGUGCCGACGCAAUGGGCAAACUAUCGGAAUCCCGGACGUGCCUCAGGAGGCUGGUCAGCAGUAGGAGGCCAAUGCUUGGCCCCUUACCACGUAGAUCAAGACCCAUCUGGCUCUUCGUCAGGGAGUGCAGUCGCUGCUUGUCUUGGACUUGCAGCGGCCACCAUAGGGACCGAGACAUCCGGGAGCUUGAGCUCGCCAGCUCAAAGAUCCGCGGUUUUCAGCAUCAAACCCACUGUUGGGCUCACUUCCAGACACGGCGUGUAUACUGUGAGCGAAUGGCAAGAUACUGUAGGUGUCAUCGGCCGUACUGUCCGGGAUGCGGCAACUAUUCUUACUGCCAUUGCGGGAUCGGAUCCAGCGGAUCCGUUCACCAUCUCGGACCCUCGAGACAACGACGGCGUCCAGAAACCAGCGGAGGGCACAAACUUUGCCGAAGCUUGUACAGAGCAUGGACUUCGAGGCAAAAGAAUUGCUGUCCCACGACACCUCUUUCCGCAAGACAAGGUCGUGAAUGCUGCUUUCGAUGAGGCCCUCUUGUUGAUGGAAUCUCUUGGCGCCUCUAUCGUGGACAACGUCCACUUUUCAGAGUUCAACAGUAAUUAUACAUUCUCAGAGGACCUGGAAUGGACCCUCGGGCUCCGGAUUGCGCUCCGCGAAAACAUGAAGAAGUCGCUUGCGGCGUAUGAAGAGAACCCGAAAUCUCUCCAUGAGCUCUCUGAUGUUAUUAAAUACACCCAAGAGACUCCUGAAGAAGAAAACGAGAAAUGGGGAGUUGGGGAAUGGUUGAAGUGCGAAGAACUUGGCCAACAAUAUGGACCAGACUCUCACGAGUUUCGCCAUUCAAUGAGUCUGCGAAAUCGUAUCGGCAAGCAAAUAGAUGAGCUCCUCAGUCGCACCCAGUCUGAUUUCAUCUUCGUCCCCUCUAUCGAUACCAGCGCAAAUGUCGGGGGCUGUCCUACCAUUGGCGUCCCUCUCGGCUUUUACCCACCCGAGCACCCCAUCACGCGACGAAAGUCGAAUGGCCUCGUGAGUGUCGGGCCGCAUGUGCCUUUCGGCGGGCUGUUCGUGGGCCGUCGGUGGUCUGAUUUCGAUCUCAUCUCAGCCGCACACGCCUUCGAGCAAGGCUCCAGGGUCAGAGAUAAGGUCUCUCCCGUGAUUUCUUCUGACGUGGAGCUUCCGCUUCGCAAAGAAGAGGGCUUCCCAUAUGUUCUUGCCAGCACGAAGACAGCUGACAUGGCGACUCAAGCCUCUCUGAACUACCUUGCCCCCCUGCCCCAAUGGGACGACAUCAAGCCAUACGAAAUUUCUGGUCGGGUGGCCCCGGGACAGCAGAAAAACAACCUUGAAUUUGUGCCGCAGGUUGUUGAGGUUCAUGAUGCUCGCGAUUGGGGUGACAAAUUUGCCCUGGAUACAACUGGAUUUGAAUGGGUCUCCCAUAACACCACAGAGGGUCUCGAUACGGACGCCAGCGUGACGAGAUACGUGGAAGAGCUCGAGGCGUUCCUUGGCAAAUAUCUGGAGGCUGACAUGGUCUUGACCUUCCAGUACCAGAUCCGGAAGCGGAAUUUGGAUAUCCUAGACCCUCGGGUGCGACCCCCAAGCAACUUCGUCCACGUUGGUAGGCUCAUGAACAUGGCAAUCAACCCGGUUCCCCGAGACGUUGACUUUCACACAGACGUCUCCCCCGCUGGGGCAGAGGCCCGGAUACGCUUCAGCUUCCCUAACGACGCAGAGAAGAUCUUACGCGGAAGUCUGUGGCGUCCUCUAUUCAGUCCAUUGCAGGAUUGCCCUCUGGCAUUGUGUGACUCGCGCACGGUUGAAGAAGAUGAGCUCGUGGAGAGCGAUUAUGUCUAUCCCAACUUUGUGAGUGAGUCACUCAUGGUGAAGCAUUCUCCACGCCAUAAAUGGUUUUACCUCCCAGAGCAACGCAAGGACGAGCUACUGAUCAUUACGAACUAUGAUUCGGCAUCAGGGAGACGCACUCCACACACAGGCUUCGAGCUCCAGAAUUGCAGUGAUGCGGUCAGGCCUCGAGAAAGCAUUGAGAUGAAGGUUGUCGUUUACAGUAAGGAGUGA